CUGUGGAGUUCUGUGACAUUAGAACACAGACAAAAACAGUACUGUGUGCCUUCAAACAGUGUGUGAAGAAUGAGCAACGAGGGAUCGGAAAACAUUUUUUCAAGUGGUAGUUUCGACUCUUCCGAAUGACAUCAGCUCUUACAUGGAGACGGUAACCCGUUAGACUCUAAAAACUGAUAUAUUCGACAAGUAUUCGCAUGAAUUUGAUGAAGGAGUCAGUUCAUAUCAAGAAGGAAGAAGCCAUGUGGUCAGGAGAUCCACAAUACUCCAAUUGGGCUCUCAACCCUUCUACAUACCAGAAUGUCGCCCAUGAAGAAGUGGACUGGGCAGCUUUGGCACAGCAGUGGAUCCAGAUGAAAGGGACCCACCCGGGUCCCGAACAGCCGGUCUCAACUGCAGCACCUCCGCCGCCGCCCCCUCCACCCCCUCCUCCUCCCCCACCCACAUACAACAGAAAUACUGCCCCUAAAAAGGAGGAAAGAGACUUUGAUGAUGGAGAAGUUCCAAUGGAUAUGGAUGACAAGGAUGAUAGUGAGCCAAGUGGUCCAAGUUCACAGGAAAAUUCCUGGGGUGAGUGGCCAAACUGGCAGCAGUGGGGAUGGUCUUGGCCAUCUGGCGGAAUGGUGCCUCCUAACAGUGCGAGUAAUGCGAACAACCAAAGUACAGUCUCCACAGUGAAAGGCCCUCCUGCCCCCGACACAGUUCCUGCACCACCAUUCGAAUUUCCUUCAGGUGCUCAGACAUACGGGAACCAAAGUAGUGUUUAUGACUAUAAUCAUUUACCUGGUACAGAACAUUACACUCCUACUGUUUCAAGUGGUUACUGGCCAGGUGGCCCCCCAGCUGAAGGUGCCGGUUUACCUCCAGGGGGACCCAUUGGUCAAUCUCCAUUUAUCCGAAAUAAUCGUCAAGAUUGGAAGAGACCUGGUCGUUCACAUGACCGUGCUCGUUCUCCUGAUAAGUCUGAGGAGGAUGAUAGUGCAAUGCCUGUGCUGGAUGCUGCAAAACGGCGACAAUUACCAGCUUGGAUAAGGGAAGGAUUGGAAAAAAUGGAAAGGGAGAAACAGAGAAAACUGGACCGCGAGAAGUUGAGGGAAGUAUAUUUGAAGAAGAAACGUGAAGAGGAAGAUCAAGCGAGGGCUGAAAUGCACGCGGAAAGUGAUUUACCAUCACUACCCAAAAAGAGCAAGUUUGAUAGUGAUUCCGAGGAAUCCGUUCAUGAAGUAACGGCAGCUCCUUCACCAACUGCAAGAAGGAAAUCGAGGUUUAGGAAUGCUGACAGUCCGAGCCAAUCACCUAAUGCACAUUCAGAUAGUCAGCCACCAUCUGAACCUGAACCACCAAAGAGUCAGGAGGAAAGGUUGCAGGAAGUUAUGUUGAAAGUUCGUCGACUGUUAACAGAGAUAUUGCUGGAAGUUACGACAGAGGAGAUGGAGGCAGUAGCACAAGAGGUUAUUACAAAGGCAAAAGCCAAGGCUCCUGUCCAGCAGUUGAGGAAGACGCAAGCUCUUGCGUCACUGACUGGGAGGUUAGGAUUGGGAAUGUAUGGUGAUAGUGACGAAUCUGAGAGUGACAGUGAAAGUGACACUGCAACUCAAGUUAAUGGAGCAGAUUCAGAAGAAGAAUUGAAAGCUAGAAUUAAAAAACGAAAACAAGAAUUUCUCAAAACAGAACAAGAAAUUGAAGCUUCAUUGCAAAGGGAAGAAGAGCAGAAGAAAGAAUCUGAACGACAGUCGGUGGUGGAUGGAAGUGAAGACAGUGAUGCAGAAGACAAGGCCCCAGAAGCACAGGACGCCAAGAGUAAAUUGGAAGAAGAGAAAGAAACUGCACAGAUGCUAAAAACUACUACCGUACAGCAUGCUGAACAAGAGAAAUCGGGCAAUUUUGUAGAUUCUUCUGCCAACCCAACAUUGGUAAAGAAGCCUAGCAAACAAGACUCUGUGUCAGAUGAAAACACUAUUAAGGAGAGACAUCAGGCAAAACAGUCUGAGAGAAAAGAAUCAAGUUCAGAUGAUGACGAUUCUAAUUCCGACAGCGGUUCUGAGACAAGUUCUGAAACGGGCAGUUCAUCAUCUCAGUCUAGUUCAUCAAGAAGUCGGCGCAGUUCAAAGAAAUACAAAAACUGUAGUAACAAAGGAGACAGUUCACAAAGGAAAGAUAGAAUUGGUGGUAGUAGUCACAAAAGGCAUAGCCGUAGUCACAGUUGGGAUAUUGAGCCAAGGAGGACUGAAAAGAAACAUAGUAAAGACAGGAGAAAGGACAAUCACAGUAAAGAAAAGAAAGGUCGAGAUAGGCAGGAUCAGCACAGAAAAAGUAGGAGCAGGUCACGGGAAAGUCGUAGGGGUGAUGAAAAUGACAGAAAGUCAAAGUAUGACAGGAGACACAGUAGUUCAAGUAGGAGUAGGGAAAUUGAAAGGAGGUAUAGUAGUGGUAGUAGCAAAACUCAUAGUUACAGAAGUCACCGUAGCAGCCAUUCUCCAAGCAACAGGAGGGAAAAGAAGAGAAAAGGAAAGAGAUCACAUAGGUAUUCUUCAGACUCUAGUUCUUCAUCACAGUCUAAAAAACAUAGGACACACAGGAAAGAAGGUCGCAGGAGAUAUUCUCGUUCACGCUCGAAAUCGUUGUCUUGAACAAUGUGUAAAUAAACAUAAGUGUGCGCGCGUUUUUUACUGAGGUCUUCUUUGAAUUCCUGAGUCUUUUGAAAGUAUUUGACAGAAUCCAGUUCGUGUGUGUGGGUUCAUUGCUAGAAACUUAUGUGAAUAUAUAUAUUUAGCGAAGUAAAAAUAGUUUAAACUUCAGUGAACUAUGUUUAUUACAAAAAGAAGUAACUGUAUACUUUUAUUCGUUCACAGAAAUUCUAUUUAUAGUCCUCUCUAUAAAUAUGGUCAAAGCAGUUAGGUUUUUUUUCUGUGUUUCAUAAGGUUUUAAAAUCAUUUCAACAUAUUGAAUUUGACAUGCAGUUUAAACACAAGGAGUUGAGAUGAUUUUUCAGUCUUAUUAUGAACAUUUGUUGGAGUUAGUGGAAAGACAUCUUUCAUGUAUUUAAAUAGCAUAAUUUCAGAUGCAUUAUUCAUGGUUUGAAAAAUUAAGUAGCUGGAAUGAGAAGAAAGUCACCUUGCACUCUACAGCAGAGGUUAGUGACAUUUCCAGUUACCCCUUUUCCCAAAAUACAUUCACAAAAAAAAAAAACACACACACACACACACACACACACACACACACACACAAACAAACAAACACUAACACUCUUACUCUAAUAAAUGUGCAUUGUCUUGGUUAGUCUGUCAAAAGUACGGUAGACAACCUCCAGAUGAGGCUGUGAUAGUUAUUUUAUCAUGAAAUUCAUUCAUCAGUGGCAACCAUAAUGUAUACAUAUGUACAUUUAAAUGCAUUAUAUAGUGCUUCACCUGUUAAAAGGGUGACAUUCUCUUCUCCUUCCUGUAGCUUGAUUCCUCCUUAACUGAACUGCUUGAAUUAUGUAAUGCAAUUGUUUUUAUGUAAUUUAUUUAAUAGCAUAAAAUGUAUAAUGUCCAAACAGUUCACAUAUUUUAUGGUAAAUGAAUCCAAUAAAAAUGUCAAAAUCUUUGUAGUUUA